AUGCAAGCGCUCGCAUUCUCCGCUUCCUCGUCGACCGCCGUCGGCGUCGCGAAAUCAUCAUCCACAACCUCCUGUCGCAGUCGUCGUCCGAAUCGGUCGUCGUCGCUGCGCAGCAACAAUAUCAACAACAACAACAGAAGAGGAGAGAGAACGAGAGUAAACAUGCUUCCACCGGGCGGGAUGCCAAACAUGCCGGGUAUGGAUCCGGAGAAGAUGAAAGAGAUGCAAGCGGCGUAUCAAGAGGCGAUGAAGAAUCCAGAAACUGCAAAGAAACUUCAAGAGCAGAUGAAGCAAAUGCAAGGGAUGAUGAGCAACCCGAUGGUGCAGCAACAAAUGCAAGCGAUGCAAAAUAUGGUGCAAAACGAAGACAUGCAGAGAAAAAUCGCGGGGUUAAAAGACGACCCGGAAUUUAAAGACUUCUUCGACGAUUUACGAGCGAACGGCCCCGGAGCUAUGAUGAAGUAUUCAACCGAUCAAGCGUUUUUGAAAAAGCUCAACGAUAAACUCGGCGGCGAAGAAGCCAUUCGAGCAGCCGCGGGAGGGGCGAUUCCAGCGGAAGCUGUGCCGCCGGGAGGUGCGGCACCUCCACCAGCAGCACCGGCACCACCACCCGAAGUGGAGACGUUACACGAUGCCGCGCGAUACGGUGACAUCGAGGCUGUUGAAGAUUUUCUGGCCAUCGGCAAAGACGUGAACGCGAGAGACUCUUCGCAAAGAACGCCUAUUCACUACGCGAUUGCGUUCGGGAAAGGUAGCGCUGGCGAAGAGAUUUUCGACUUGCUCAUCGAGGCGGACUCUAUUGAUUUAAGCGCUAGAGACGAAAAGCAAAACACGCCGCUUCAUUACGCGUGCGGCUACGGUAAGAUUUUCGCCGUGAAAAAAUUACUCGAGAUGAAUAGCGACGUUACGGCUAAAAAUGGAACCGGUAAAACGCCAUUAGAUCUGGUCAAAUUAGAAGCGAAGAAUCCAAUCAACGAAGAUGCAGAGUUACUCAAGCUGCUCGGCGCGUAG